GUUUCUGAAAAGUCAUAAGACACAGGCAAGUUAAAAAAACGAAAGUGAAAUCAGCUGAUAGUGACAUCAGUCAGCACGAAUGUACCAAAGUUCAGAGAGUUGUUUACUUGGACCCGGCUGCGAAUGCAGGCAAGACACUAGCUGCUUGCUGCUCCUCCUCUGCCCCAGUUCCUGGAGCCUGACACUAGAAAGCAGCCCAGGAGCGAAUCCACUCCCCGAAGACGAUUUCCUGUCACCUUUUGAUGAGUGUCCGUGGGCUCUGGCCUUGGUUUCUUCGUCCCCCUGCGAGGGCAGAAGACAUGGCUAUCUCCAGGCUGUGGCGGAGCAACUGUCUGCCCUUUGUGGGCAUCAUGAGCCUCGUGGCUGUGACCCUCUCCCUGAUGUCCUACGCUCUCCUCUGGAAGGCUGGCGACCUCGCUGACCUGCCUAACCUGAGAAUCGGCUUCUACAACUUCUGUCUGUGGAAGGAGGACCCUGGUUCCCUACAGUGUUACAACUUUCCCGAGCUGGAGGCCCUGGGAGUCCCUCAGGUUGGCCUAGCCCUGGCCAGGCUUGGUGUGUAUGGAGCCCUGGUGCUCAUGAUCUUUGUCCCCCUGCCCCUCCUCCUUGCCCAGUGCAACAGUGACGCAGGAGAGUGGCAGCUGGCAGUGGGCUUCCUGGCGGCGUCCUCGGUGCUGCUGGCCAGUGGACUGAGCCUCUUCCUUUCCUUCGUGUGGAAGUGGGUCAGGCUCACCAUCCUGGGGCCUGGCUUUCUGGCUCUGUGUCUAGCCCAGGCCUUGCUCAUCUUCUUGCUGAUGGCCACAGUUAUGCUCCCUCCGCGGGAAAAGAAGGGCAAGAACGAGUGGGGGAAUUGUUAGCCCAGGCUAAAGGCCGAUGGGAUUGCAGGGGCUCAGUCCCAACUGGGCUCCAAGACGGAGCCAGAGAA